AUGGGACAGCACGAACUGGCGCAUGUCGUUCUCGACCACAUCCGGAGAUGUAAUAGCGUCACCAUAAAGUUCUCUACCCCUUGUGUGGGGGUUGAAACUUUGGAGGGAAGAGUUCGCGUUAUGAUUCAAAAUGACAAGGAGGACUGUGUUAUCGAAGCCGACUGGGCGGUGGGUGCCGAUGGCUGCAAUUCGGCGGUGCGGCAAAUGAGCCUCAUACCCUUCGAGGGCUUUUCUUGGAGCAACUAUCGUUUCACAGCUGCUGAUGUGCGAUAUGACUUCGAGAAAGAGGGUGGCUAUCGAGAAGCCAACUUCAUUGUCGAUCCUAUCAACUGGGCCGUCAUUGCGCGAACCGGCCUAAGCGACGUUUGGCGCGUGGCGUACGGCGAAAAGUUCGACACCCCUGUCGAUGAUCGCAGCGUUAGAGAACGUGCAAAGACUAGAAUUUCUAGGUUUUUACCCGGGGCGAAGGACUUUGAGCUCGUCCGGGUGAAGCCAUACGUGGCUCAUCAAAGGUGUGCGGCGGAGUUUAUGAAAGGUCGCGUGGUGUUGAUUGGGGACGCUGCGCAUGCCAACAAUCCAGUCGGCGGUCUUGGUCUAACGGGGGGUAUCCUGGACGCCGUCGUUAUCGGAAAUGCACUUCUGCGUUGCAUCAAGGGCGGAGAAGACGAGGCGGUCGUGAGGGCCGCAGCUGAAUCCCGUCGUAAUACAUGGCUAAAUAUAACAAGUCCAAUGUCGCAAAGCAACUACCUUAGAUUGUGCUCCGAGGAUCCGGCCAUUUGCAGCGGCCGCGAGGAGUUUUUCGAAAAGUUAAGGACGGACAAAGAGUUUUAUUUGGCCGUUCAAAACUCCUUGGGAGAUCUACUACCGGACAAUUUCGAGAGUAUGGCAGUCGAGGAUAAGAGGAGGUCUCAGUAUUCUUAG